CCCGCUGCGCGCCAGCCGCCGCCUGGUCAUGUCAGGAUGGAGAUCCGGCAGCACGAGUGGCUCUCGGCCUCCCCCCACGAGGGCUUCGAGCAGAUGAGGCUCAAAAGCCGCCCCAAAGAGCCCUCGCCGAGCCUGACUCGAGUGGGCGCGAACUUCUACAGCAGCGUCAAGCAGCAGGACUACAGCGCCAGCGUCUGGCUCCGGAGGAAAGACAAGCUGGAGCACAGCCAAGACCGGCCUCUGAGAUUUCAAAUCCCCUUGGAAAACUCAGUUGGAAAUUUUUCAGCCCCGGCUCACUUAUCCCAAGAAAACAUCGUCAAGCAGAACCAAGAGAAGAAGGGUGAAAAGAGAAGGACAUGGCCUGCUAUUGGUGACAAACUAUUUGGAUAAAAUUGCUGAUCAGCAAUAAAAAAUGGAUUUUAAAAAUUCUUCAUUGAUAAAAUCACCAAAAAGGAAAGUUUUAGAUCUUUCAUGGCGAGAGAAUGACGACUCCUCAUAUCCAUGUGUUACGUUUAAUUCCCACCAAAAUAAGGCCAGUACCCAGCUUCGCAUCUCUUCUGACUCUCUUGCUUGCGUGUUUCCACACUAAAACACAAGAAGAUAAGUUGGCUUUAGGAUAAAACUGGUGGGUGGUUGUGCUAAUAAUCCAGAAAGACGCUUCCUUUUUGGCAGGAGCGGAGUGGGUUUCUAAUUAGUUUAGAAUUUUAUUGUUUUAGCAAAGGACUUAUUUGUAGGAGGAGACUUAAUAUCUGUGUAAUUCCAAGAUUAGCCGUCCAGUCUCAGUAGGAUAUUAGGUGGGUGGAUUUUUCAUUGCAUUAACGUUUAUUUCUCUAGCUCAGGGUAGUUAUCAGUGUAGUCUAGACGUCUGCGUGGACGAUUCAACAUCUUGUUCUCUGUCAGCCAUCUCUGAGGUGAGAGCACAGAGGGGCUUCCUAGUGUGGCACCUUCCAGAGAAGAGUGGGGGGUCUCAGUAAAGCCACCGUGGAACGUGGGGGCUGGGUGGCCAGCUAGCCCCACUGACUUCCACACAAUUACCCACAACUCUGUCUAAGUUACUACAUUAAAUUAAAUUUUAGAGUCACUUGUAAAAAAUGUAGACCGAACACAUUAUAUCCCUUCAAUGCCAAAGGCCUGCUCUUCUUACAGCUUUUCUUAACCAGAAACAAAAUUUUGAGUCGUAAGAUCUGUUGUGAUCGGGGUCAAAAGAAUUUCUAGAUGUUAGCUUUGCUAAAGAUGGCUUUUCUUUAGCUGGGGUGAGAUAAUGAACGCCAGAGGUGGAUUCUGACGUCUACAAAAUGGUGCCCUUGCUGAGGGUACUUCUUGUUCCCACUGCCCCCAGAUCUGCUGGGAUCAGCGCCCACCCCUGGCAGGUGCCCAUCGCUUCUGAGCUACUGAGGACGGGUCCCCCACUGAGGUCACUUUGCCGCUGUGUUGCCGUUCCACCACCGUCAGAGAAACUUCCAGAAGCUGAAGCCGGUGCUGGCUCUGAGGCUGUUGGCCUGGCCUGACUACAUGGACCUCACUCCUUGAAGCUGAAUUGUGCAGUGCACUAAAGCUGCUCUGUUGAAUUGGGCAGAAUCUCUUCCUCCCGAUAUUGUGCUCCAUGCGGACCCCUGGUUUCAAAGGAGCACUGCCUUAUGCUUCCA